CAUGGCGUCGUGUCUCUGCUCUCUCAGUAACAGAAAGUGGCCGCCUCUCUGCUGUUGCUGCCGACUCAAAGCUCACAGACUCGCUCGGCGCCUCAAACCGCCAUUUUGGAGUCAGAGAACCGCGAGUCGGCAGCAGCGGAGAGAGAGGCGAAAAGGGGGACACGGGGCCGAGGGGAUUUCCACCAUUGUUUGAUCAUUAAUGUUGGAAUCAAGAACAAUGGCAUCCCAUACUGAGAAGUAAAAGUUGCUGCCCUGCCGGGCAGAGGUGUCUGUGCAGCAUGGCAUCGGCGCAGGGUGGCCGACUGGAGGCUGGGGCAUCGGGGAGCUCUGGCCUGGCCAAACCUCUCUACCUGCAGCGCUUGGAAAGAUCCCUGAGGCUGGACAGCUUCCUGCGCCAGACAGCCGCCAUCUUCAACGGAGACAUAACCAGCGAUGACAGUGAUGACAGCGACGGUGCACUGGGGACAGGGUUGUCCCUGGAACCUUCCACUCAGCAUACGGCUCUGACCGUGAAGAGUGAGUCAUGUGAGCAAGGGGACGGGCUGUCAGAGGGAAAGCCUCUCAACGGAGUCUUGCUGCAGGGUAAAGACCAAAAGGCAGACAAAACAAGCCUCUACAAUUUCUCCAAGCUGAAGAAGAACAGGAAGUGGCUUAAGAGUAUCCUGUUGAGUGACGACACCACGGACUCGGACACAGACUCAGAUGACUCUGACUUCAGUUUGUCUCGGGAGGAGCUGCACGACAUGCUGAGGCUACAUCGCUACACCAGGCAGCAUCAGAGCAAGUUCCACUCUGACCGGGAGCUUCACCAAUAUCAGUAUUACAGCACAGGACUCCUGUCGACUCAUGACCCCUUUUAUGAGCAACAGCGCCACCUGCUGGGUCCAAAGAAGAAGAAAAUCAAAGAUGAGAAGAAGUUCAAGGCCAAACUAAAAAAGGUGAAGAAAAAGAAGAAACGAGGAGAGGGAGACUUCCUGGAUGAUGGGCGUCCUUAUAUCACCAAGAUCUUUGCAAAGUUUUCCCAUGAUGCGCCGCUGCCAAUGGUGAAGAAGAAACAUCUUACCAUCGAGCAGCUGAAUGCACGGCGACGUAAGGUCUGGCUCACCAUCGCUAAAAAGGAGAUUCCCAAGUCUUUCAAGCAAAAGACCUCUGCUAAGAACUUAGUGUUGACCAAUGCUAAAAAGUUGGCUCAUCAGUGCAUGAGAGAGGUUCGUCGUGCUGCUAUCCAGGCCCAGAAGAACUGUAAGGAGACGCUGCCUCGGGCUCGUCGGCUCACCAAGGAGAUGAUGCUCUACUGGAAGAAGUAUGACAAAGUGGAGAAGGAGCACAGGAAGAGAGCAGAGAAGGAGGCCCUGGAGCAACGUAAACUUGACGAAGAGAUGAGAGAAGCCAAGCGUCAGCAGCGCAAACUCAACUUCCUCAUCACCCAGACGGAGCUGUAUGCUCAUUUCAUGGGUGGUAAAGCCAGCAUGGGGGGUCCAGAAGGAGAUACGGCUCAGGAGGAGAUUCUGAGAAAGCUGGAAGACACUGCGGCACACAGACAGAUUGACAUUGGAGGAGGUGUAAUGGUCAACAUGGGACAGGAGGACUAUGAUAGUGAUUACUACAAGGCCCAGGCUUUGAGGAACGCCAAAGAGGCCUACCAGAUUCAUCAAGAGAGAACGCGAAUGUUUGAUGAGGAGGCUAAGGACAGUCGCUGUGCGUCGCUACACGCGGCUGUCGGCUCAUCCUCAGGCGCCGGCUCUGGGUUUGGCGAGAGCUACAGCCUCUCCAACCCGUCCAUCCACGCAGGUGAAGAAAUUCCUCAGCCCACCAUCUUCAACGGCAAACUCAAGGGUUACCAACUCAAGGGCAUGAACUGGCUGGCCAACCUCUACGAACAGGGAAUCAAUGGAAUCCUGGCAGAUGAGAUGGGACUGGGGAAGACAGUUCAGAGUAUCGCCCUGCUGGCACACUUAGCAGAGAGAGACAACAUCUGGGGGCCGUUCCUGAUCAUCUCUCCUGCAUCCACACUCAAUAACUGGCAUCAGGAGUUCACCCGCUUUGUGCCCAAAUUCAAGGUGUUGCCAUACUGGGGGAAUCCACACGAUCGCAAGGUGAUUCGGAAAUUUUGGAGCCAGAAAACCCUUUACACUCAAAAUGCACCGUUCCACGUGGUGAUCACAAGCUACCAGCUGGUUGUUCAGGACGUCAAGUACUUUCAGAGGGUCAAGUGGCAGUACAUGGUUCUGGAUGAGGCCCAGGCACUGAAAAGCAGCACCAGCGUUCGGUGGAAAAUCCUCCUGCAGUUCCAGUGUCGAAACAGACUGCUGCUCACCGGGACUCCCAUCCAGAACACGAUGGCUGAGCUGUGGGCCCUGCUGCACUUCAUCAUGCCUACACUGUUUGAUUCCCAUGAAGAGUUUAACGAGUGGUUCUCCAAGGACAUCGAGAGCCACGCUGAGAACAAGUCUGCCAUCGACGAGAACCAACUUUCCAGGCUGCACAUGAUUCUGAAGCCUUUCAUGCUGCGCAGAAUCAAGAAGGACGUGGAAAAUGAGCUCUCGGAUAAGAUCGAGAUCCUGACCUACUGCCAGCUGACGUCCCGGCAGAGGUUGCUCUACCAGGCUCUGAGGAACAAGAUCUCCAUCGAGGAUCUGCUGCAGUCGUCCAUGGGCACGGCGCAGCAGGCCCACAGCACCACCUCCUCCCUCAUGAACCUGGUCAUGCAGUUCAGGAAGGUGUGUAACCACCCAGACUUGUUUGAGCGCCAGGAGACACGCUCUCCUUUCCACAUGUCCCUGAAGCCCUACAUCAUGUCGAAGUUCCUGUACCGUCACGGCCUUGUUCAUGCACACAACCAGGCCAAAAACAAAUUACUUCAAGUGCUGUUGUCUCCCUUCUCUCCGAAUCACAUCCAGCAGUCUCUUUUCCACAGAAAAGGUGAUGACAAAGGAAGCUGUUUCUCCUUCUUGCGCUUCAUCGACGUGUCACCGGCUGAGAUGUCCAAUCUCAUGCUGCAAGGCACCUUAGUAAGAUGGUUAGCCCUUUUUCUGUCCCUCAAAGCUGCGUACCGGCUCCACCAUCAGCGCUUGUUUGGCCUUGAAGAAGCGGGUCAGGAGGAGGCUGCAGACUCACAGGGGGAGAGAGGGAGGUUACAGCCCAGGACUAAGUGUCUGUCUUGCAAGGACCUGAUUCUGUGGCUGAACAGACCCAUGAGUUUCCCCAACACGCACACCAGCCCUGUCCUGCAGGGCCUGGUGUUCACAGCCUUAAGACCCGGCAUGAUGGGACACAGAGAUGUGAUGAUCCACAGUCGAAACUCUGCCACCUCCACGCUGCGGCCCUGCCAGCCCACACUGCCACCCAAGUUCCUGCUCGCCGCCACGCCCAGGGUGACAGCAGUUCCCAUGGAGCGUUAUUGUGACGACCGCAGCGCCGAGUAUGAGUGGCGGGUGACACGCGGCGGAGGGGGCACAGUUUUCAAACAGUGUUUCCUCUACGGCUCCCCUGAACUUGCCGCAGACUGGCGUGUGAGAGCCAACGCCUUUCACCCGCAAUGCCCCGGGGGUGUGAUGGCCCUCUACCCACGACAUGGGUGGUCCUUCAUCCGGAUACCUGAUAAGGAGAGCCUGAUCACGGAAAGUGGCAAGCUCCACACCUUGGAUAUCCUGUUGAGUCGACUAAAGGCCCAGGGACACAGAGUCCUCAUCUACUCUCAGAUGACCCGCAUGAUAGACCUGCUGGAGGAGUACAUGGUCUAUCGUAAGCACACCUAUAUGCGCCUCGAUGGAUCCUCCAAGAUUUCUGAGCGCAGAGACAUGGUGGCUGACUUCCAGAGCCGGACGGACAUCUUUGUGUUUCUGCUGAGUACGAGGGCCGGAGGGCUCGGCAUUAACCUGACUGCUGCUGACACUGUUAUCUUCUAUGACAGUGACUGGAACCCCACAGUGGACCAGCAGGCCAUGGACAGAGCUCACAGGCUGGGUCAGACCAAGCAGGUCACUGUCUAUCGCCUCAUCUGUCAGGGAUCCAUCGAGGAGAGGAUCCUGCAGCGGGCCAAGGAGAAAAGCGAGAUCCAAAGGGUGGUGAUCUCUGGAGGCAACUUCAAACCAGACACGCUCAAACCCAAAGAGGUGGUCAGCCUGCUAUUGGACGACGACGAGCUGGAGAAGAAGCUGCGUCAGAGACAGGAGGAGAAGAGGCAGCAGGAGGAGUGCAGCAAGGUGAAAGAGCGCAAGAGGAAGAGGGAGAAGUACGCUGAGAAGCAGAAGAAGAACGAGGAGUCAGAGAGCAAGAAGAAAAGGGAGGUGAACCUGGUCAUCUCUCACGCGCCCUCGGCAGACAACUCCAACCUCUCUGCAGAUGGAGACGACUCCUUCAUCAGCGUUGAGAUGGACUCGGCCAUGCCCAGUCCCUUCAGUGAGAUCUCCCUGAGCAGUGAGCUCCAGCCCGGCUCGUUACCCCCGGAUGCCGACGCUGACGAGAGCAGCAGUGACAUGCUGGUCAUUGUGGACGAUCCGGUGUCCUCUGCACCGCAGUCUCGCGCCACCAACUCACCCUCGUCUGUGUCUGGAUCAGUCUCUGACAACAUGAAUGGUGUUUCAGCCUCGGAAACAAUCAGUCCCGGCAGAGGCAGGUCUGGGCGGAGUCGGGGGCGACCUAAAGGGUCAGGAGGCGGUGCCAAGUCUGGAGGGAAAGGACGUGGGCGCAAGUCAACAGCAGGCAGCGCUGCAGCUAUGGCGGGAGCGAUGGCGGGGGCAGCAGCUGCAUCUGCAGCAGCUUAUGCUGCGUACGGUUACAGUGUUUCCAAAGCAGGCCUCUCUGCGUCCAGCCCCCUGCAGCCUUCCCUGGGCCGGUCUGGUACCAGCCCCGCCUUCAACCCCAGCAGGAGCUCCUCCCCCCAGGCCAAAGGAGGCACCUCCCACCCGAGCCCCCACAGACAGCUGACCCACAGCCACCACCACAGCAGCCACGGCGCAGUCAGGAAGGGCAAAGGCCCCGGUGGUCCUGGGGCUCGAUAAUGCACUCAUACGCACUGUACACACGUGAAUGUGCCCUCACACACACACAAUUGACUCAGUAUAGGAUGUGCACACACACACACACACACACACACACACACACACACACAGAUGACUGACCUACUCUCACUGUGACGCCCUACACCUAAACUAAUAGGGAAUACAGUAUAAAAAAAUGUAACAGAGGCUCAGUACCUGGAGGACCAUGCUGCGUCUGCUGGCUCAGCAACUAAAAAGACCCUCUUCACACACACACACACACACACACACACUCAUUCAAAGGUACAGUCCCUACCAGCCUCCACAUUACUUGGUUCCAUUUUAUUUUAACGUGUCCGGGUCCGUGGACAGAAUCUGCCUUGAGUAUUUUUGUUUGCAUCGUGACGAGAGUAUUUCCAAGUGCUUUUCAAGAAGACAGACUGUACUUUUUAUACUCGUGACAGGAAACUCUUUUGAUUUGCUACCGAGCUGCGAUGUUACAACAAAGAUAUGAACCAACACAUGUAGCUCAAAGGGCUUUGAAAUGUUUGCCAGUUUAGGGAGGCAAAGGAGUUUCUGUCAAAAUGCACUGAGCCACGUCUUCCGUUUAUUUUUGGUGUUAUUGUUGCUCAUACAUGUUCUUUAGGUUAUUUAAUUGUUGUGUAGAUAUGCUCAGUGCAAAGUGGUGGAUGAUUCUGCAUUUCACAGAGCUUAAAGGAACACUUCACCCUCUAAAUGAUCAUUUGUAUAGCAGUUAUUCAUCCCUUGUUGUGCUGAAUCUGUGAAGAAAACUGUUUUUCUGACAUGCCUCUGAUAGAACGAAGAAUCCAAAAAAUGGAGAACAUUUGUAAUGAAUUGAAGUCUUAGGGGUCCAUGUUUAACAACAGCAAAACUGUAUCAAAACAUCUGUUUGUAAACUUAAACAUGACUCUUGCAGUAUAAUCCAAGUCUCCUUUAUCCAGUCGUAUGCUCAGUACCUCCCAAACACAUCCAGUUUUACUAAAGCGUCUCUUCAAAGCCAAACUCCAUUUACAAAAACAAGUAAUUUUACCUCACUGAACACAGGAGCAAACAAACACGUUUGUUUGUGUUGUUGUGUGACUUUGGUGAAUCCAAACUAACCCUUUAACACACCAGAGUCACACAAUAACACAAACAAACUGCAAAUCAAGGCAGUGGUAGACCAGCAGCUCCUGUGUUCAGUGCAGUAAAAUUGCUGUUAUUGUCAAAGGAGUCUGGCUUUGUAGAGAGCAUAGUUUCACUCUGUGUUCAGUUUCCUGUCAGAAAGGACUGUCUGUUUGGGAAGUACUGAGCACACGACGGGAUAAAUGAGACUUAGAUUAUACUGCGCAAGCUGUGUGAGAGUUUAUAAACAAAUGUUUUAUAUAGUUUUGCUGUUGUUAAAUGCAAACUGUUUACUUAAAUUCACGAAGAAUUGUCCCUGUUUUUGGAUUCUUCGUUCACUGUGAGAGCAUGCAACCAAACCUAAGUUUCCUACCUGAACUCAGCGUAACACAGGGUGAGUAACUGACACACAAAUGGUCAUUUGGGGGGUGAUGUAUACUUUAAUGUGAACCCAUACCUUACCAACCCAGACUUUACCAAACAAUACGUCAACAGCUUUUCUACUAAAGCUCCUAUUUUUGUAAUAAAAGAUGCGAGUACCCAUAUCAACAUGGCAGGUCUUAACAUUUUAGUCAGUAAAGCGUAUGCCCGUACAGAUGACAAUGAAAAUGAUAUAUUUUUUGUCCAAUAUGGGAAAAUGAAUGAAUGAAUGAUGUGACAAUAUUCCAAAAUGAGGGGUACUGGUUGAUCCGGCUAUGCUGCUAACAGUAAAUUUAUGAGUUCACUCAGAUUAUUUGGUUGUCUAAUAUUUAAGUUAUUUCAGUUAUGUUCCAAAAAAAAAUGGCAAUUUGUGAUAAUUGCAACUGGGAUAUUCACCUGUUAAACAGUGUAAAAUUGUACUGAAGCCAUUUUUAUUUUUCAGAAAUUGUUUUUUGUGACAGUUCUCUUUGAUGUCAUUGAUGUUUUAGGAAGGAAAAAAAAACAAGGUUUGCAUCGGUGUCCUGAGUUGAGCACUACAUCUGUUCUAGGUUUGUUUUUGUGUUUAUAGUGUGAUUAAAAUAUGAUGUUCUAUAUUGAUGAUGUACAUAAUGAUGAGAGCGACAUUUCCUCUGGCUUUUCCCUCAUUUGCCUGUCUAUUUUUAUAGGUCAUGUGUACAUACGAAGAAAAUGCAUUUGCCGUUUUACUAACAGGAGGAGCCAACUGAAAAUAAAAGAGUGCUAAAUCUG